AUGGCUGCAGGAAGUAAGCCUACACGACGGAAGAAGAAGAGGAGCACAGCUCAACUCGAAGCAUUGGCCCAAGCACGCGCUGAGCGACAAGAAGGCGAAAACAUCGCCCCAACCCCGUCCCUCCAUACUCCGUCGGCCAGCACGACUCGCGCUACAUCCCCCUCUGCCAGAUCGAGGCCUGCACUUCACACUUCAGCUCAGCAGAAGGCCAUAGAGAACACAAACAAUGUCGCACCUUCCACUCGCAAGCGCAAGAAGUAUGACCUCGAGGACUGGGAGCAUGUUGCACGCAGGACACGCCGAAAGCUUUACGCGAGUGAGGAUAAGGUUGAGAGGCUGGAAGGGAAGGUCAGCGCACUGGAGGAGGCUGUAGCUGAGGGAGAAAGACGGCAUGCAGGCGAGAUACGCGAUGCAUCACGGGCAAACAGAGAGAUGUGGUGGGAGCUUCAAAAGACACGGGAAGGACUCACAGCGGAGCAAACGGAGAACGCGCGCGUGCAGCGCAUCCUUCAGGAGCAGGACGAUAACUUGGCGGCACGGCUGAAGGAGCUGUUCGACGUGAAGAAGUCCAACCGUGCGCUGUCUAUGCAAGUCCUUCGGAGGAGCGGAAGCGCCCGGUCACAACGCGCCUACUAUCUGAGGGACUCCGUACUCACUGCCGACUUCCAAAAGCGCAUCAGGGACAAGGGAAUCUUCACCCCUGUGGCUCGCGCGAUCGCACUGAAGCUCGUCCUUGCUGGCUGUGCCGAGCAUGCGGUCGGGGGCGUAAUUCAGGAGCUAGGAUGGCUGGUGGGCAUUCGGCGCCUGAACACGAUCCCGAGGAUGAGUGCACGCACUGUUGCGCGCAGCAUAGCGGAGGGCGGAAUUGCCGCGAAGAUUCAGCUUGGCUACGAAAUCAUGAGAAACAAGAACCUUACCGCUAGCGGAGACUCAACGUCUCAUCGACGGCAAGAGUACGACUCGCGCUUCAUAUCCCUGAAGCCCGUGACAUCCACGGGGGCCCUGUCGGACACGCACGUCCUCCGAAGCCUUGGCGUCGACGCAUUCCUCAACCACUCCAGCGAGGAACAAGUCCGCGGCCUGUUGAAGAAGCUACAACAGAUCUGCGAUAUCUUCAACCGCUCACCGUUUGCCAAACGCAAGGGCCUCGAGAUGAGCCUCACGGCUUUUGCUACCUGUCUACGCGGCACAAACGGCGACCACGCCAACGACGUGAAGAAGGAUAACAAGCUCCUCCUCGCGUGGAAGCUGGAGAUGACGAAGGUGUUGCUCGGCUACGACAAGCUUCGGCAGAUGAGCCCGGAGAGCGCGUUCUGCAUUAUCAUCCCGCAUGCGCGGGCAAUGCUUCUUGACGUCGGAGGCCAGGAUGCGUGGGAAGCCCUCAGCGAUGCCGUUCGCGCAGAGAAGGAGAGCGUGUUCAUGCGUAGCGCAGCGGAGGAGGUUGGAGAGCAAGUGUACGAGGGGCUGGAUGGUGGCGAGAAGAAGAAGCUGUCGCUGUUCCUGUUCUCUGGCUGCUGCAUGCACAAGGAGCUGAACAGUGUCAAGGGCGGCGACACUCGCAUGCGCGCCUAUUACUCGGGUCAUCCCGAGAUCGUGCCGCCAGUUCUUCUUGUGAACAAAGAUAAUGCUGCGGUUCUCGCGGGCGUCAAGGACGGCGAGCAGCUGACCCCGGCGGAGCUGCGUGCGCUCUCCAUCUCUGGCUGUGGGGCGGUGAAGGCGACGACUCUCGCCGGCAUGAUCUGCAAUAACAAGGACAGCAAAAAGGGUCAGCAUGACCGCUAUGUCUGGUACUUCGACAGGGAGCUAGGGCCUGCGGUGGCUGCACGUCGCUUCCCAGACGUCAGCAACACACGCUUCCAGUCGCACUGUGCCGCGUCGUGCGAGAUCCUCCUUCAUCUGGACCUAUACAGGAGCUUCAUGCAAAGGGGAGUCUAUUACAAGAAAGAGAAGCCGAGCUUUACCAACAUCGAGAAGAACUUCUUCCGAGCUCUGCACUGCGAUACAACCCUCACCAAGAUGGCUGUACUCGCUCUUUAUGGCCUCUGUGUCUCGAGCCCCUACGUGCGCCAGAUCCGGGGACCAGGCAUGACCAGUCUGAAUGCAUUGACGCUCGGUCCGCUUCACGUCUGCUUGAGAAACUUCAUCGAGAAGUUGAUCAACAAUCCAAACAUCGUGCUCGGAGACAACGCAACGCACGCAACCGCGACCUUCGAUGGCAAGGAAUGGGAGAGGGCCGGUGUCUUUGAGGCUAUAGCAUCACUCCGUGACGCCAUGCCUCACCUGGAGGUCCUGUUUGUGGAGUUUUUGAGGGGUGCACUCGAGACGUGGGAGCGGUUCACAGCGGAAUUUGACCCUGGUGGCGAUAUCAGCCAGCUCACGACAGAGGAACAGGACGAGUUUUGGAUGCCUGCGACUAACGACGCGAACAAGAGUGCGCUCGGAGGUGUCCGAGUCAACGCGACCGCACGCCCCAACCAGACACUUCACCAAUUCGAGGCAAAGGAUACGUUCCGGCGCAACAACACGCAGCGGUUCGUCAACCAGGACUUCAUUGCCGAGGAUCACAAGUUCGUACGUGGUGAGACCCGCCUCUUGCAGGCAUCGCGGCCCCAGAGGCAGCUCCAGAAUGCGCAGGUCGCCCAUGACGAAGAGGAGGCCCGACGGCAUCAGGCAUCUGAGGAGCAGUCGAAUGCGAAGGCGGUGGAACGGCAGAUCAAGCUCGAUAACACCGUCCUCAUCACGGAUGCGGAGAAGCUUGUCAGGGUGCGGAAAGAUGCACUCAUUGAUCAGCUGAACUACUGGCGCCAUCGACUUCUGGCAAAGGUCGAGCCCAACACGAAGAUCUCGAAGAACGUCGACAAAGUCGUGGAGCUUCGCAAGCUUCUCGCACUCUUCCCAGGCGGUGUAGUACCGGAAUCCGAGCGCACGAUUCCCAAAGGAAAGGGGCACACACUUAUAGUAGGACCCAAAGCGGUUCUGCAAGACAUGCCGAGCAUUUCGAUAGCUUCUACAGAGGUUGUGGACCACAGCGUGCGAGAGGAAGAGGGCGAGGAGAUUGAUCUACUGUACGAGUCUGAAGUAGAUGAUAUCUGA